AUGUAUCACGGAUGCUAUUUUCUCAUAGACGCAUCAUUAUCUUUUAUUGAUGGGAAUUUAUUUUUUCGUUUUCAUACGAAUUUAGUUUCAACUAUGUCAAGCUUUUCAAUCAAAACCGGAUACCGAAUCAUUUUACGUUCAAUAACUGUCUUCGUUUUUAUGUUUUUUAUGAAGUGCUAUAUAAUUUGGCAAAUCGUUGACUUGGAUAGCCCGUACAAACAUUUUAUAUUGUUUGGUUUUUUAACGAAACGAAUAGGCCUUUUUUCCAAUGGCAUGAUUAGAUCUAUUAUUUUUGAAUGGGCCCUAUUUUCUACUAAAACUUUGAGAAUAUCAUUUGAGAAAUUGGUUUUUAAAUCUAACCAAACAGUAUCAAAUCUUGAACCGAAGGAUAUACUACGAGUGGUAGUCACGUACGCUAAAUUAUUAGAGAACAUUAAUUCUGUGGGAUUGACAUUAAAGAUAAUGAUGCUCAAAGAUUGCAUUUUUACAUUUUACUACGUCAUAUUAGUUGCAGUUGGAUUAGUAUUUGCACCGGAUUUUUCUUGGGAAACAUUCACGGUGAAAGUUGUAUUAAAAUUUCUGAUAGACGCAUCAUUAUCUUUUAUUGAUGGGAAUUUAUUUUUUCGUUUUCAUACGAAUUUAGUUUCAACUAUGACAAGUUUUUCUAUCAAAACCGGAUAUCGAAUCAUUUUACGUUCAAUAACUGUCUUCGUUUUUAUGUUUUUUAUGAAGUGCUAUAUAAUUUGGCAAAUCGUUGACUUGGAUAGCCCGUACAAACAUUUUAUAUUGUUUGGUUUUUUAACGAAACGAAUUGGCCUUUUUUUCAAUGGCAUGAUUAGAUCUAUUAUUUUUGAAUGGGCCCUAUUUUCUACUAAAACUUUGAGAAUAUCAUUUGAGAAAUUGGUUUUUAAAUCUAACGAAACAAUAUCAAAUCUUGAACCGAAGGAUAUACUACGAGUGAUAGUCACGUACGCUAAAUUAUUAGAGAACAUUAAUUCCGUGGGAUUGACAUUAAAGAUAAUGAUGCUCAAAGAUUGCAUUUUUAUAUUUUACUACGUCAUAUUAGUUGCAGUUGGAUUAGUAUUUGCACCGGAUUAUUCAAUAGCAAAAUCAGCGCUAUAG